GUAGCUCACACUGGCUGUCACCACAAAUUCCGCUCAGCACAAAAAGCUGAAGAGAACAAGGAUCUCAUCUGCUGCUCUGCUGUGCUUUGGAAGGUUUCGCUACAGCUCCUAGAAUGAUGCAUGUCCCUCAAAAAUACCACAAUUUACCCUGCUUGUUAUAAGAAAGGUGUGCUGUCCAAAAGCUCACAGUGUUUAAACACAAGGACUGAGAAUUAAGACAUGGGGAACACCUUGAAGUCUGCAGCCACUGAGAAAGAAUCAGAUGUUCAGGAAUCUCUUACAGCAGAUGACAAUGAUAUGCUUGUUAUGAUCUAUGACUACCCACCAGCAACGAUAAGCCAACCAAUCUUCAGGAUAGGGGAGAAACUGCGCAUUACAGCAGAAGAAGGUGAUUGGUGGAGAGUGAGGUCCUUAAACACUGGAUCUGAGAACUACAUUCCACGUGCCUGUGCUGCCCGAGUUUACCAUGGUUGGCUUUUUGAAGGAAUUGGGAGACAGAAGGCUGAAGAGUUACUACAACUUUCGGGCAAUAGACUAGGCUCCUUCUUGAUAAGGCAAAGUGAAAGCCAAAAGGGUACAUAUUGCCUAUCUGUCAGGUACUACAGUGAUAUAUCCCAGAAACCAGUGAAGCACUAUCGGAUCUUCCGUUUGCCUAAUAAAUGGUAUUACAUCCAAGAACGUCUCACCUUCCAGUGUUUAGAAGAUCUGGUAAAUCAUUAUUGCGAGGUAGCAGAUGGUCUAUGCUGUUUGCUGACCCAUCCUUGCCUGGCUGAGCUUGGUACCGAAAUGUCUUCUGAACAGCCUGUCAUCCUACGUCGCAACCAAUUCAAUUGGAAAAAUGUGAAAAGGGCUGAACUGUUGAGCACCAACUCAAUGUCUCAAGAUGAAGCCUUCGUCAGUUAUGGACUGCGGCACAGUAUCGCGUCCUAUAUGACUUUGUCACAAAUCGAUGAUGAUUCAAUCAGUGACAGUAGCAAGAAAAGAUGGUUCCCAUCCAUCAAAUCCAACAUUCAGAACAGACACAGCUGCCUCCUCACGACAACACUGAGAGAUCCAUAUGAGGAUGACUCUGAAUAAGGGUGUGCUCUACAGUGGCAUACUUGUACUUUAGCUUGUUAAUAACUAUCGUGCUAAUGACUCUUACUGUGCCAUUGCAAAUCAAACACUGGCAAUCAGGGGAGGAAGCUGCUCUCCAUGUCUAUUCACAGAUGGCUUACUCUUCCUUGCAAAAUCUGUAACAUAUUGUCAGACUUUUUUGAGCAGUCUUAUUUACCGGAAUCUGGUAUCCUUCUGUUUGAGUGCAUGCAUUACUGGUCACACGUGAUACAAGCAUAUGUACUUCACCCCUCAUCAUACCAGCCUGAAAUUAUUGCUUUGUAUAUAUAUUUAAAUCAUACAAUGGUGUACUUUUGUUUUACUUUGCAUUCUACGCAAAAGGGUGGAAAUGAAGUGAUUACUU